UUGCCCUCUUAUAGUUCAUAUACAGUAUCAAACCUACAAUGAAAUUCCACAACCAAUUUCUUUUUAAUUUCAAACUUCUAUUAUUUCCCAUCAUCAUCAUCCUUGCAGUGUUGCUUUCUUUUUCCGAUUUCACUGCUUGUGAUUCUUCUUCUUCUUCUUAUUCUGCAGCUCCAAUUAGAGAAAAGGAAAGAGAGGCCCUUUUAAAGUGGAAAGCCAGUCUUCACAAACAAACCCAAUCUCUAAUUCUCUCCUCUUGGGCUCCAAACACCAGCAGCAGCCCUUGCAAUUGGGUCGGGAUUCAUUGCAAGAAGGGUAAUGGAAGUGUCACCCAAAUAGAACUUUCCAGUGUUGGUUUAAAAGGUACACUUCACUAUCUCAACUUCUCAUGCUUUCCUCAUCUCCGUGGCAUUUUUUUUUAUAACAAUUCACUCUAUGGGACAAUCCCCAAUCACAUCACUAGCCUUUCCAAGCUCACCAUUCUUGACUUGUCUUUUAAUUCUCUCUCUGGAGCAAUUCCAUCUGAGAUAGGGAAACUGAUGUCGCUCACUGGGAUGUCACUCGCGACCAACAAUCUCAUAGGUCCAAUCCCUGCUACAACGUGGAACUUGACCAACUUGACAUUUUUAUACCUUUAUGACAACAAACUUUCAGGACCCAUCUCUCAAGAAAUUGGAAUGUUGAGGUCUAUUGUCGAUCUUGAGUUGUCCAAAAACAACUUCUCAGGCUCAAUACCUGUUUCGAUAAAGAACUUGGUCAACUUAACCACUUUGUAUCUUUAUAGCAACAAACUUUCAGGACCCAUCCCAGGAGAAAUUGGAAUGUUGAGGUCUCUUGUCGAUCUCGAUUUGUCAGAUAAUAAUUUCUCAGGUUCAAUACCUGCUUCGAUAAAGAACUUGGUCAACUUAACCUAUCUGUAUCUUUUUACCAACAAACUUUCAGGACCCAUCCCUCAAGAAAUUGGAAUGUUGAGGUCUCUUGUUGAUCUCAAGUUGUCUGAGAACAACUUCUCAGGUUCAAUACCUGUUUCGAUAAAGAACUUGGUCAACUUAACCACUUUGUAUCUUCAUACCAACAAACUUUCAGGACCCAUCCCUCAAGAAAUUGGAAUGUUGAGGUCUCUUGUCGAUCUCAAUUUGUUCGAAAAUCAGUUAUCUGGCUCUAUCCCCCGAGAAAUAGGAAGGAUGAAAUCCCUCAAGUAUCUAUCCUUAUCGUUUAAUAAAUUCAGUGGCUCUAUACCUAUAGAGUUGAAUAAUCUUACCCAUUUGCAAGACUUGCAGUUGAGUGAGAACGAGCUUAUUGGUCAUUUACCACAUAACAUAUGCCAUGGUGGAUUACUUGUAAAUUUCACUGCAUCUGGCAACAAUCUCAUAGGUACAAUCCCUAAGAGCUUGAAAAGUUGCACUAGCUUAUUCAGAGUUAGGCUUGAUAGGAACCAACUAUCUGGAAAUAUAUCAAAUGAUUUCGGCAUAUAUCCAAACUUAAAUUAUAUCGAUUUGAGUGAUAAUAAAAUAUUCGGUGAGCUUUCUGGUAAAUGGGGCCAGUGCCACAAUCUAACAAGCCUAAAAGUCUCCAACAACAAUAUUUCUGGUGAAAUACCACCUGAAUUGGGAAAUGCAACUCAGCUACAUGUGCUUAACAUCUCUUCAAACCAUCUUACUGGGGAAAUUCCAAAGCGUUUAGGAAGGUUAACCUCAUUGAUAAACCUUGAUUUAAGCAAUAACAGACUUUCAGGCAGCAUUCCUUUGGAAAUUUGUGGGCUAUCAGACUUGGAACAUCUUAAUUUGGCAGCAAAUAAUCUAAAUGGCUCAAUUCCGGAACUAUUAGGAGAGUGCGUGAAACUAUUGUACUUGAAUUUGAGCAGCAAUAUUCUUGCCGAAAGUAUUCCUUUUCGCAUUGGCAAUUUACACUCUCUUGAAAACCUUGAUGUCAGCCACAAUUUACUAAAAUGGGAAAUACCAGCCCAACUUGGACAAUUGGAGAAGUUAGAAGCAUUGAAUCUCUCCCACAAUAAGCUUUCUGGAUCCAUUCCAUUGACUUUUGAAGGUAUGUCAAGUUUGACUUCUGUUGAUGUAUCAUACAAUCAGUUGCAGGGUCCUGUUCCGAAAAAUAAAGCCUUCCAAGAGGCUCCGUUUAAUGCAUUCAGUAAUAAUAAAGCUUUGUGUGGCACUGCCACUGGUUUGACGGCUUGUGCCCCCACAACGAACAAUGAUGCUAAUAAGGAGGAGAAGGGCAACAAACUUGUGAUUUUGAUUAUAGUCCCUCUUUUAGGCAUUGUACUUAUUUCAUUUAUGGUUGUUGGGAUUUUUUAUCUUCUUUACCCCAAAGUGGGCAGUGUAGAAAAUGAGCCAAGAAGAAAUAACAGUGAGAAUUUAUUUGCAAUAUGGAGCUAUGAUGGAAAAUUGGUGUAUGAAAACAUCAUUGAAGCAACAGAGGACUUCAGCUCUGAUCAUUGCAUUGGGGUAGGAGGAUCAGCAAGUGUUUAUAAAGCUCAGUUGCCGAGUGGUCAAGUUGUUGCUGUUAAGAAACUUCAUCCCCCGGAAGAUGAUGGUGGGCGGGCUACUGAUCAAAAUGGUUUUACAAGUGAAAUCCGAACAUUAACAGAAAUACGUCACCGGAAUAUUGUGAGGCUUUAUGGUUUUUGUUCGCACCCACGACACUCGUUUUUGGUUUAUGAGUUCUUGGAAGGGGGAAGUUUGCAAAAGAUCUUGAGCAGUGACCAACAAGCCUCAGAGUGUGGAUGGAUUAAGAGAGUGAAUGUGGUAAAAGAUGUGGCAGAUGCUUUGUGUUACAUGCAUCAUGAUUGUUCGCCUCCUAUAGUUCAUCGGGACAUAUCAAGCAAGAAUAUUUUGUUGGAUUUUGAAUAUGUGGCUCACAUCUCUGACUUUGGCAGUGCUAGGCUUCUCAAUCCUAACUCUUCCAAUUGGACACCAUUCGCGGGGACCUUUGGGUAUGCUGCUCCAGAACUUGCUUAUACAAUGGAAGUGAACGAGAAAUGUGAUGUUUUUAGCUUUGGAGUGUUGGUAGUAGAAGUGAUCAUGGGAAAGCAUCCAGGCGAGCUCAUCUCCUCUCUAUCAUCAUCAUCAUCAUUAUCGCCACCGACUUUGGUUGUCCGAGACAUACUCUUGAAGGAUGUGUUGGAUCAACGUCUUUCACCUCCAACGGCACAAAUGUCAGAGGAAUUAGUCUUUAUCACCAACCUAGCUUUUGCAUGCUUGCAUGCAAGUCCCCAAUCUCGGCCAACAAUGAGAGAAGUCUCCACAAUGCUAUCGAAACGAAGGCCAAUUCUGCAAAAUCCAUUCCACAUGAUUACACUAGGACAACUGCUUGAUAUUGGAUCUUCAGCCUCCUGAGCAUUUUUGCAUCUUUUUAUUUUUUAUGCUCGUGUUAUUUUUCCCACUUUGAGUUUUCAAUUUUAUCGUUUAUGUGUUGUAUUCCUUUGUCCUGUUUAUCUUAUGUGGUGAGGAUGAUGCCAAGAUUGUUGUAAGAUACAUUGCAUUUUAUUGUACAUUGUAAGACCAAUCUAAGUGUCUCUUAUUCAAUAACAUACAUAGCUCCUAUCGUAACCUGCUGAAGAACACAAUAUAGGGCAAUUCAGUGUUGUUGAGAUUUAAAUGUGUUUGUUGUCAUUCUUCAAGUUAUAGACUUCUAGAGUGUUAUGUAGUGUAAAAUAUUGGGCAGAGAGAGUUUCAGUGGUCUGUUUAGUCUAUCAUUGUAGCAG